UGUAAAUGUAAGAUUUGCUAAAGCAGAUAAUUUAUUGUAAUUGAUACUUAACCUCUUGAGUAGGUCGACCAGAUCAUAUAUAGAGGGACGUAUAACGUACAGUAGACCUACACUUUGGGCAGUGCAAUUUGGUAGUAAAAUCAUUAUUCAAAUUUGAUCCCAUGAUGACUAUGACAUUUUAGGAUCAGUGCAAUUUGCAACGUCAAUGUUAUUCAGACUGACGUUAAACGCGUGGAAUCACAUCUCAUUGAAAUUAAACAGAAGUAACAUUUCGAUUGUUUUGCAGAUGUUAUCAAUGAAUUAUGUUUAAUUAUUUACUAAAAUUACUUUUCUAAAUAAUGCAUACUGGCGUACACAAAAAUCCAAGAGACAUAACAAUACAAUAAAAAUGUCGAAACAAGUGUACGAUCCACCGAAGUUGAAGGGCCUUUCCAGGCGAUGGACUGUUGCAUUUGUUGGAUUCUGGGGAAUGUUUUUCAAUUAUGCAUUGCGAAUAAACAUUAGCAGGGCAAUGAUUUGUAUGGUCAAACCACCGAUUACAAAUACAACAGAAGAUUCGACGAACCAUACAAUGUCUGAUGACCCUUGUAUAGCCAAUCGGAACCCUGGAAAUUCCACAAUCUUAGAGAUGGCAGAGUUCGAAUGGUCACGGAUCACACAAGGCUGGGUUCUCAGCUCAUUCUUCUUUGGUUACAUGGCCACACAAUUAAUUGGGGGAACGUUGGCGGGUAGACUUGGCACAAAGUUGGUGUUUGGUGUUGGAAUAGCUAUAGCUGCAGUGUGUUCACUAUUUUGUCCACUAGCUGCCAGAACCGACGUGAAUUUGCUCAUAGCUCUACGCGUUAUUAUAGGUCUUGCAACAGGUAUAUCGUUUCCGGCCUACCAUACAUUAUGGGGGAAAUGGGCCCCUCCCCUCGAAAGAAGCAAACUCAUUACAUUUUGUUAUGCAGGAUCCGCUUUCGGCAAUGUAGUUAUAGUAUUCUUUGGAGGAUUCAUGUGCAAUUGGCGAGAAUUUGAUAAUGGUUGGCCAACAUUAUUCUAUAUACCAGGAGGAUUGUGUCUUAUUUGGCUUAUCUUUUGGGUAAUAUUUGUGCACGACUCCCCUGCCAAAGACCCACGGAUAACUCCAGAGGAACUCGAAUAUAUAGAGGGUUCACAGGGCAUUAACAAAUCUUUUGUUAGGCCGCCAGUCCCCUGGCGAGGUAUAUUUACUUCCACGGCUGUAUGGGCAAUAGUCGUUUGUCACUUUUGUAACACGUGGGGAAUAUUUGCGUCAAUGACCACUGCCCCGCAGUAUAUGCAGCAAGUACUACGCUUCACUGAAACUGAGAAUGGAGUGGUCUCAUCUGUCCCAAUAUUUCUGGGCGUAUUUGCAGCCAUCGGAUUCGGACAACUCGCAGACUAUAUAAGGAUUAAUGGCAUAUGGACAACACUUACCGUCAGGAAAGUGUUCCAGUGCGUAGGAUUCUUCGGUAUCGCUAUUUGCUCCAUCAUCAUCAGCUUUCUAAACUGCUACAACCGAGGAUGGGCUGUCUUCUUGCAGAUCGUUACUGCUAUCCUUGAACCUGGGAGUAGAGCGGGUUAUGUCGUCAAUUAUGUUGAUAUUGCACCAUUCUAUGCUGGAGAGUUAUUUGGAAUUGGAAACACGAUUGGUACAUUACCGGGGAUUAUUGGACCUCUAAUUAUCACAGCUAUGACCCCAAAUGGUACACAGCAAGAAUGGCAAGGGACCUACUUUCUUUCUGCUGGAAUCACAACAUUUGGGGCAAUUGUGUUUAUCAUUUUUGCCAGAGCUGAUCAACAACCUUGGGCUUUGGUAACAAGUGAUCUUGACAUCAAAAAGGACAUCUUUGAAUCUAAAGAAACUACUGAAGCUGAUACAGAAAUAUCGCUAGAUAAAGUUAAUCAUGUAAAAUAUAGAGACGUUGUUAUCCAACCUGGACAAUCUGUUGUAAAAGACGUUGAGUAUCUGGGUGGCGUGUUUGAAAUGGAUAACUCGAAACCAGCGCAUGACAAUCGUAGUUUUACACCAGAUGUGAAUCAUUUGUAAUCAUUAAUGAUCCUUUGUAAUCAUUACACUGUGAAAUUGUUAUAAUUUUCUCUGUAAAUAAAAC